AUGGCGGUCGGCAACGCAGUUUCCAGCACAGACGAAUAUGACCUCAUUAUCGUGGGGGCAGGUAUAUCUGGGAUCAACUGUGCUUACCGUCUGCAGACGAGGCUCCCAAAUCUAAAGUUUGCCAUUCUCGAAAACCGAGAGGACAUUGGUGGGACCUGGGACCUGUGGAAGUAUCCCGGCAUCAGGUCGGACUCUGACCUGCACACGUUUGGCUUCUCCUGGCAGCCGUGGCCACACGAGAGUCCCAUUGCCGAAGGGCCCUUGAUCAUUUCCUAUAUCAAAGAAUGCAUAGCAAAACACGGUCUCGAUAAAUACAUCAACCUCCGCCACAAGGUGCUCUCGGCCGACUGGUCGUCCAAGACGAACCGUUGGAGUCUGGCUGUAGAUCAUGAAGGAAAGAGAAAGAACUUUACGGCAAAGUUUACGGUCCUGGGUGCUGGAUACUAUGACUUUGAGCAACCUCUCAAGGUUGAAAUCCCAGGGCUGAAUCGAUUCAAAGGAAAGGUCAUUCACCCACAGUUCUGGCCCGAGGACUAUGAUUACACCAACAAGAAGGUAGUCGUCAUUGGCAGCGGAGCCACGGCCAUCACGUUGCUCCCGAGCAUGGCCAAGAAGGCCGCACACAUCACCAUGCUGCAGCGGAGCCCGUCGUAUAUCAUUGCGGCGUCGCAAAAGUGGCAGGGCAUGAUCCCGCGCGCGUGGUGGCCGCAGUGGCUGCUCAGCUACGUCGAGCGGUGGUGGUACAUGGCCUAUGCCCAGUUCUCCGUCUUCAUGUGCGAGUGGUUCCCCAAGCUCGUGCGCAAGUUCCUGCUCAAGGAGACGACCAAGCUGCUGCCCACGCGCAUUGCCCUGGAUCCUCACUUCAGCCCGCGCUACAACCCGUGGGACCAGCGCGUCUGCUUUGCGCCCGACGGCGACUUUUACCAGUGCCUGCACACGCCCAAGGCCGACGUGGUCACGUCGCGCAUCCGCACCGUGACCGAGGACGGCGUCGACCUCGAGAUUGGCAAGAAGCUCGAGGCCGACCUGAUCGUGACGGCGACGGGCCUGCGCAUGCAGUGGGGCGGCGGGAUCCCGCUGCGGGUCGACGGCGAGCCCGUCGACGUGGGCGGCCGGUUCAUCUGGAACGGCGCCAUGAUCCAGGACAUGCCCAACCUCUUCUUCAUGGUCGGCUACACCAACGCGUCGUGGACCAUGGGCGCCGACGACACGGCCUUUAUCAUCACGCGGCUGAUCAAGCACAUGGAGAGUCGCGACCUGCACGUGAGCGUGCCGCGGGUCGCCCCGAGGGAUGCGCGCAUGAAGAAGAGUCCGUACUGGCAUCUCAACUCGACCUACGCCAAGGAGGCCGAGGCCCGAAACCCGAAGUACGGAGACCGGGGUCCUUGGAGGGCUCGGAACAAGGUCAUUCACGACUAUUUACAUGCUAGAUUUGGAAACUAUACGCAGGGGUUGCAUUUCGUUAGUUGA